GCAGGGUAAACUUCAAUAUUACGUAUGAAUUCUACCGUCUAACUACACCUCUCGGGUUUAUUGCGCAAAUAAAGAAAAGGGGUAAGCAACGGGGAGGAGGACGCAGUAGGGGUUCCGCUUGAGAACUUCACCCUCCAAACCGAUUAGCACACCUGUGCCUUUGUCACUGGAUUUAUCCACUUUGUUCAAACGCUUUUUCACAUCCACGGAUUCUUGCCAAAUUAAGUCCCCCUUUUUCCAAUUUGUACACUGUGGCAAACAAUACCUCAACAAUUCUAUUUGGUGCUGACACAUUGGCAGGGAUGCCGUUCUCUGAGUUGAUAGUAAGUGCGCUGUUGGGACAGACCGCUGUAUACUUUGGACUUACGGUAGUUUACCUGUCCAAUUACGCAUGCGCCAGCUGAAAGUGGGCUGUAAUUUGCCAGAACAUCAGAGUAUACAAUAGUGAACAUGGCAUAAGAGCCCUCACUUGGCAGUCACGAUAAGAAGUGGAGAGACUUUUAACAAAACACAACGCGACAGUUAGGGCUGUUGUGAAGACCUCUUUGAGGUGAAGUUUUUCCGGAUGAUGUCCUUAAGCCCAAAACAUACGCCCUUCUCCGUGACUGAUAUCCUGAACCCCUUAGAAGAGAGCUACAAGAAAGUUGGAUUUGACGCCUCUAUUCCGCCGUUGGGGCACCCCUACAGAUCACAGCACCAAGGCAAUAUGAAUACCAUGGGAGGAAUGACGGUCCCAGUGAGCAGCAUGUCGGCCUACAACUAUGUCCCUCCGCUGAGCCACCCUCCCUACCCGACACAGUAUUGCAACGGAGGCGAUCUCUCUCACUACGGGGACGUUCGGGGUUCCUCCACCAACUGGUACAGCUCUUCGUGUAAUCCGGCCUCUGAUCCACGGUUCGCAUAUUCUCGGUUGAACUCAUGCAGUCAAAUGUCGGCCAUUUCCAACCCUUUUGGUAUGCUCAAUGGCUUGAACGGUGGCAGCGCCAUGCAGUAUCCCAUCAGUCGAAGAAAAAGAAGGAUUUUAUUCUCCCAAGCGCAGGUAUACGAGUUAGAAAGGAGAUUUAAACAGCAGAAAUAUCUAUCAGCUCCUGAGCGCGAACAUUUAGCCAGUAUGAUAGGCCUAACUCCAACUCAGGUGAAAAUUUGGUUCCAAAAUCAUCGUUACAAAACCAAACGUGCGCAAAAAGACAAAGAAAAGAUGGACCAGCAGCAAUCCAACCAGCAGAUGUCCCCCAGGCGCGUGGCUGUACCAGUAUUAGUUCGCGACGGAAAACCGUGUUCUGGUUCUUCGAAUUCUGAGAACGGGAACGCCGUCCACGCCACCGGCAACAGCGGCCAGACGACACCGGCGCAACCAGAAGGCGCGCAAACCAACAACCAUAGACCUAAUAGCAGUUCCACAAACUCUGCCAAUUCUUCUGAUGCUUUACAUUCAUUGAACUCAAGUUUGAAUUUCACAGGCGGACACUCGGGGGGCGGCGUAUCGGGAUACAACGGAGCCAGACUCUCAUGGUAAAUUUUCAUUACGACAUUUAUGAUGUUUUCAAGUCUAUUAAAAUAGAAGGAAUACAUACUCAGAAAAAAAGCCUCCAAGAAAACCUGCAGUCUGCGUUGAAAAUAUCUUUUGACUUUUUUAAUUUUCGUUCCUGUUUAUCACUUUUAAGGUGAUAAAUACUGAAUCUUUGGAACAACAGAAAUAGAAUAAGAUAUCGCGCUUGAACUGCUUUGAAAUGAUAUUUUUCACUGUUGUUUAUAAAAAAAAGCAAACCUAACAAUUUGCUGUUCAACGACAAAGACUUAUUUCUGUGACAGAAAAAAAAAUGAUACGGACAACAUUGUACUUCAACAUUCGAUAUAUGUCAUAUCUACUAAUUCCAAUUAAGUGGCAGGUCCAGUCUU